CGCAAAAACGUAGGGCUGUUGGUGAUUCCGGAAGAGCCAGAGUGUGGCAUGAGCAUGGGGAAGCAAAAGAAAACGAGGAAGUAUGCGACCAUGAAGCGAAUGCUUAGUCUGAGAGAUCAGAGGCUUAAAGAAAAGGAUAGAUUAAAACCAAAAAAGAAAGAAAAGAAAGAUCCCAGUGCGCUGAAGGAAAGAGAAGUCCCCCAACACCCUUCCUGCCUAUUCUUCCAAUAUAAUACACAGCUGGGCCCACCUUACCACAUCCUGGUUGAUACCAACUUUAUCAACUUUUCCAUUAAAGCCAAACUGGACUUAGUACAGUCAAUGAUGGACUGUCUGUACGCCAAGUGUAUCCCUUGUAUAACUGACUGUGUAAUGGCUGAAAUUGAGAAAUUGGGGCAGAAAUAUCGAGUGGCUCUCAGGAUCGCCAAGGAUCCAAGAUUUGAACGAUUACCAUGCACACACAAAGGAACCUAUGCAGAUGACUGCUUAGUACAGAGAGUAACUCAGCACAAGUGUUACAUUGUGGCCACAGUUGACCGGGACCUUAAAAGAAGAAUCCGGAAGAUCCCUGGAGUUCCUAUCAUGUACAUUUCUAACCACAGAUACAACAUUGAGCGGAUGCCAGAUGAUUAUGGAGCCCCUCGGUUCUAAUUUAUACAAGACAAACUUCCUCUGCCUUCCUUCAGCCAACUUUCUGUCUUACCAGUUUAUUAAACAUGCUAUAGCAUGAAUUA